CUUCACCAUAACAAGAAUGAACGCGUGCUCUGACACGAGCUCUACAGGAGUUUGCAGAACUCAGCCGGGUGAGGAGGACGGAAGAAAAAAACACCAAUGGCCCGACCGACGCGAGUUUAAACCCACCGCAGUUUUGACAGCUGGGACUUUUAGGCCUAGACAUCUUUACCUCUUCGUUGAUAAUGGACCCCAACAAUGAGAGCAAGAAGACCCCCACUCACCUACCAGUCGAUCAUGCUUCUGAAACCCAGAGGCUGACCCCACCCAAAGGACCAGGCUGCAGCUGGCUGGUGGUGCUCGCUGCUGUGUCCGCCUCACUGAGCGGCUUAAUGCUGGGCUAUGAAAUGGGCCUGACCUCUGGGGUCCUGCUGCAGCUGCGGAGCGUAUUCGCUCUCUCCUGCAGAGAACAAGAACUUCUGGUAAGCUCCCAGCUGCUCGGAGCUCUCCUCAUCUGCCUGGUGGGGGGCCCCAUUCUGGAUCGCUACGGCCGCCGCUGCUCUCUGCUCCUGAGUGCCGCCCUGGUGGUUGGAGGAACCAUUGUGCUCGUUGCUUUGACUUCUCUUGCAGCUCUCACGCUGGGCCGUCUGGUAGUCGGAAUGGGGACGUCUUUGUCAGGAACCGCAGCGUGUCUGUACAUUGCAGAGAUCUCACCGAGGGAGCGGAGGGGUCUGCUGGUCACCCUGUACGAGCUGAUGCUGGUUGUAGGGGUGAUGCUGGGCUUCAGCUGUAGCUACGCCUUCACUACUACACCGCACGGCUGGGCUUACACAUUUGGACUUGUGAUUCCUCCUGCACUGCUCCAGAUGGGUGCACUACUCUUCCUCCCUCCUAGUCCUCGCUUCCUUGUGACUCAGGGCAAAGUGGAGCAGGCGAGAGUGGUGCUGGCGAGGAUGAGAGGUGGAGCUAAGAAACAUGUGGCAGAUGAGCUGAGAGAGAUCCAGGUUGGACUGAAGGAAGAAUCCGAAUACAGUUUCUGGGAGCUGUUCAGUUCUAAGGCAAACCUACGGUCGCGGUUGGCUACGGGCAUGGCCUUAGUGUUCCUCCAGCAGGCCACCGGGCAGCCCAACAUCCUUUCCUACGCCUCGCCUCUCCUCCGUAGUGUCGGCUUCGACAGCGACGCUGCUGCUACCUUGGCCUCCACGGGGUUUGGAGUGGUCAAGGUAGUCGGCACAAUCCCCGCCGUGCUGCUGGUUGACCGCGUGGGAACCAAGCUUUUCUUGUGUGUGGGUGCGGUCGCAAUGGGAACGUCUCUGGCUACACUUGGUACUCUGACUCUGCAAAGCCACACUCACCUAACAAGCCUGUGUAAAAGUCAGACUUUAGUAAACCAUACAAAUUUACCUUGGGAUUUAAACGGAACCUCAGUAGAACUGGACAGCAGUGAGAUUUUUUCCACUCAGCUCCCCAGCCACUGGAGCGCUGAGGAAGCACAAAGGACUGACACCGAGACUGACAGGUCUUGGGGCUUGGAUCCCGAAAAAACUCAUGUAGAACUGUCUUCUUCAUUAAAGUGGGCAUCUUUGAUAAGCCUGCUGGUCUAUGUGGCUGCCUUCUCGAUUAGCCUCGGACCCAUGGUCUACGUGGUUCUCAGUGAGAUCUUUCCCAUGGGAGUCAGAGGCAGGGCUGUGUCGGUCGUGUCGGCAGUGAACUGGGCCACAAACCUGCUCAUUUCCAUGACUUUUCUCACCAUCACAGAAAAGAUUGGCGUUCCCAAUGUAAUGUUUCUAUACUCCGGUAUGAGUUUUGUCCUGCUGGUGUUCGUCAUCCUUUGCGUUCCUCAGACCAAAGGCCGGACACUGGAGGAGAUAUCAAAAGAGUUGGCAAGCAAGAAAAACUUUGAGGUAAACCUUUUCAGACAGGCGCAGCCUCAGGAGACCCUGAUCAGGAGGAGCCCGUCUACAGAGGGUCCCGCAAAAAUCUAACACCAUUUUUUCCCCCCCCCAACUGUAACCUGAGACAUGAUCAAAAAACAAAACAAUGCCUUGAACAUAUAGAACAGAUCUUAGUCCCAUCUGUUUAUUUCUGCAGUGUUAGCUAGCCCACGUUAUGAAAUGCAGUUAUUUGACUUUUGCCAUGAUCAGAUCAGAAAUGGAAAGAUACCAAAAAGUGGGGAAAAUGCAAAUUUUUCACUUCAACUUUUUUCUAUUUUUCAUUUAUAUUUUUUUGCCAAAAUGUGAGGAAAAAACAGAAUGGUUAUACUUUACUUCUAUUUAGACAAAUGUGCCCAUUUGUGUUUAAAAUGUGUGCUGCUUGUAGUAUUAAACCUCUGUAUUUACUGGUUUGGAGCUUCAAACCAGUCCUGCCAGUUUUAACAGUAGAGCAAUACAUUCUUCUUUUAUUAUGGUACCACAAAUUUGAUUUUUUUUGGCUGUGAGGUAAUGCUAGGUUAACAUCUACAACUACUAGUAUUAUGAGUCUGGUGGGUAACUCUUUUGUGUAGAACCUCUUUAGAACAAUUUUUUAUUUUAAUAAGAACACUAAUAUUUCUAAAGUCAAAUUAAACAAUUCUCCUGCUCUUACUGGGAACUCUGUAGAAUAGUUUUUGGAGAACAAAAAACUGUAGCUCUCCACAUUUAGUUAGAAUACACAAUCACAGAAUACACUAAACUAUCUAAUUUGAAACCAGUUAUCAAAGGAAAAAAACAGCAGUUGUUUAAUAGCCUUUUAAUUUUUAUACAGAAUACAAAAGUUUAAGUGUCACAAUUUUUUACUCGCCACUUGUUCAGAAAGUACUCAAUCACACAUAAAAGCAAGUUUUAUUUCAACAUCUUAGUAGGAGAUGCAUACAUACAAUAUAAAUGAUGCCUCAGUGAUGCAAAACGUAAAGCAUUCAGAUGUUAUACAACCAGGAAAAUACUGCUUUCUAUCUGGGUUUUUUUAAAAAUGCUGCUUCAGUGCUGCCUUUACGUAUUUCACUGUAAAAACUUGUGAAUGGAGUAAAUCUUCUCGACAAGUGCUACUACUGCUGCCAAACAUUUGUCCACAGCCUGGCUGCUGACGUUAUCAGUUAUGUACUGUUUCAUUUCAACUGACUUCUUUAUUCCUGAAUAAUAAAAUGAUGGCUAUGAAUUUUAA